AUGCCUCACUCCAAGACUCCCGGUGGCGCUGGCAUGUCCGACAAGGAAGCCAAGAAGCAAGCUCAGAGUGCGUUUUGCUUGACCUUGUACUCAACUCUCGAACUCAUACUGACCCAAACCACAGUGCACGGUGAUGGUGCCUCCAACGCUGCUGGCCACACCGAAGGCAAGGCUCCUGGCGAAGCCCCCGUCGCUUCCGACUCUGGCGUCACCAACGUUGGCAUCGACAAUGGCAGCAACCAGCCCGGAGAGAAGGGCAUCAAGGGCGUUCCCGUCUCGACCGAGAGCACCACCAAUGCCAACAUGAAGUAA